AUGCGGCGUGCUGGAGCUCCUCGUGAGGAAAAGAGGGACAUAGAGAUCACCCCCACAUCUUUCAUAGAUAUCUGGUGCAUAGAUGCCGAGUACACUCGAGAGGAGGCAGUUAGGAGGAGAGCGGCUUCGGUGGAUGCAUCCCCAGAGGGUGAUGUUGAGUCCAUAUCUACAAAGGCAUCUUUGACUACUCUAGCCUCCAGGACUUCAGGUACACUCGCUUCUACUUCAUCGCAGGCUCUUGGUUCUUCUGUUUCUUCCCAUCCCACAUGGAUUACUCAGGCCAUGAUAAUUAAGAUAGGGCACCUAGCCCAUUUUUCCCAUGUGCGGGCUGCCCAGUUAGAGGCUGAGGUAACUUGGAUGAUUGAGCGGGCCAUCCUAGUUGCAUUGACACCCCUCCAGACAUCUAUUGACGCUCUCACAGCAAGAGUAGAGACUUGUCACAGUCGACAGGGGGCUACAUCAGAGAUGACGGCUUUGAAAUCCGAGGUUGCUGACUUGAGGAAGGACGUGGACUGUCUAAAGUAUACAAACUUCACCUCUUUGUUUGAGGCAGCUAGUACUCGAAGUGUUCUGGGAUGUUCUGAGAUGCCUUCGGCUACCACUAAAGAUAUGCCAUUGGAGGAUGUUGCAACUGAUACGUCCGAGGCAGAGACCGAUGAGGAGUAG